CUAAAGAUCUACAAUCUAGAUCAAUGACUAAAUUUCAAACAGUCACAGCUAAGGAGAUCACCAGAUUCGGACUGUGUCUCCCUGAAUUGCUCUACUUAAUUAUGCCCGAGGUGAAGGCUGCUGAUCUGGUGAUGUAGCACCGCUGCUGCUGCUGCUCCUAGGUGUGGCUCUCGCUCUGGUGAUGAACCGGCUGAGAGGAGGAAUGGAGGAACUGGAGCUGUGACUGGGGCUGAAUGACAGGGAAAUGGGAGGAAACAGCACCAGCUUUCACAGUUUUCCCGGAGCGAAAGUCAUGGACAUUGCCAAACGGAUCCCAGAGCUCAUCCACAAUCACCCAACAGAGCCACCCUUCCAAUAUGGCUGACUCCCUCCAGACCGUCAUGGAUUAUGCAGUUGCUGUCGCACGAAAAGCUGGUGAGGUGGUGCAGGCGGCCCUGGCUGGUGACAGGAAGGUGAUGACGAAAAGUUCAGCCGUGGAUUUGGUGACUCAAACUGACCAGAAGGUGGAGAAACUCAUUAUCCAAUCAGUGAAGGAGAAGUUCCCCACACACAGGUUCAUAGGGGAGGAGUCAGUCGCUGCAGGUGAGGCUUGUGAGCUGACCAACGAACCCACCUGGAUCAUAGACCCCAUCGAUGGAACCACUAACUUUGUUCACUCGUUUCCGUUUGUGGCCGUUUCUAUUGGAUUCUCUGUAAACAAACAGGUGGAGGUGGGAGUGGUCUACAGCUGUCUAGAAGACAAGAUGUUCACGGCGAGGCGGGGGAGAGGAGCAUUCUGUAACGGAGAGCCACUGCAGGUUUCUGAGCAGACAGAUGUCCAUCAGUCGAUUAUCGCCACAGAGUUUGGGUCAAACAGAGACCCGGAAGUUGUUGACAAAAUAUUCUGCAGCAUGAAGAAUGUCCUGAAACUGCCAGUGCAUGGUGUGCGCAGUGCCGGGACGGCAGCCAUCAACAUGUGUCUGGUGGCUUCUGGCUGUGUGGAGGCCUACUACGAGAUAGGGAUGCACGUGUGGGAUAUUGCUGCCGGGUCUUUGAUCGUGUCUGAGGCCGGAGGACUUGUGUUGGACGUGGAUGGAGGACAAGUAGACCUGAUGUCCAGGAGAGUGCUUGCUGCCAACAACAGAAGCAUUGCAGAGAAAAUAGUGAAGGAGAUUGUCCUCUUCAGACCCCCCAGGGACGAUGCUCUAGAUCACAAACAAUAAUCAAUAAAGUUCAAUUUUAUUUAAAA